UGAAGAUAGAAUUAUAGUAUAUUUUCAUUUGAUACUUUACAUAAGAUCUUAUCUGUCUUUUUUCUUAUCUCUAUAUAUAUAUAUUACAUAUAUUAAAAAGAAAGAAAAAAAAAAGUGAAGAAAAAGAAAGAAAAAUUGAGAACCCUUUUUAUAAAUUACUUUGACCAAAAUUUUUAUAAACUUCAAAAUUAAGAGAAAGAGAAAAAGCUUCUCCUGCUGGGUUUUUUUUGAGAUUAAUUAUACAAUAAUGACAACUGCUUUGUUUUCUGUAUAUGAAUUUUGCAGUUAUGCAGCUGGAAUUUCAGGGAAUAUCUUUGCUUUUGGAUUGUUUGUGUCACCAAUACCAACAUUUAGGAGAAUUAUGAGAAACCAAUCAACAGAACAAUUCUCAGGAUUGCCUUACAUAUAUUCAUUUCUAAAUUGUUUGAUAUGUCUUUGGUAUGGAUCACCAUUUGUGACACCUGGUGUUAUAUUGGUUGCUACUGUCAAUUCAAUUGGGGCAAUUUUUCAAUUCAUAUACAUAACAAUUUUCAUUCUCUAUGCUGAAAAAUCAAAAAAGUUAAAGAUGACAGGAUUACUACUCGCGGUUAUUGCCAUAUUUGCAGUUGUAGUUUUUGUUAGUAUACGAGUACUUGACAACAGUGCUAGGCAAACCUUUGUAGGGUUUCUGAGCGUUGCUUCACUUAUUUCGAUGUUUGCUUCACCAUUAUUUAUCAUUAAAUUAGUGAUCAAAACAAAGAGUGUUGAAUUCAUGCCAUUUUAUCUCUCUUUAUCAACUUUCUUGAUGAGUCUCUCUUUCUCAGCUUACGGAUUUUCCAAAUAUGAUCCUUUCAUAUAUGUUCCAAAUGUGAUUGGGACAAUCUUGGGAGUUGUUCAAUUGGCCUUAUACUACUACAUUAGUAGAACAUCAAGAGAAGACUCAAGACUACCCUUGAUCAACACAUAUGUAGUUUGACUAAUUUUUGUCAAAUAAUAAAUGUAAUUUUUUUUUUCUUUUUGCAUACAAAAGAGAAAUUAGGAAAAAUCAUUGUUUAUACAAAAUAGAAAUUAGGCAUUGUUUUUCUUUCUCUCUUUUCUUUUUUCUUUUUUAGUCUAAUUUCCAUCUUAUUAAUUUUUAAAAAUUCCCCUAUAUUCAAUAAGAAAUUUUUAUUUAUUUUAUUCUUAUU